AUGUCGAGUCUGCUGCAGAGCAGGGCUUUGUCCUGGGCACCACUGCUGCUUCUCUUCAGCUUCCAGCUCCUGGUUACCUAUGCUUGGCAUUUCCAAGAGGAAGAGGAGUGGAAUGACCAAAAAGAAAUUGCUGUGUAUCUCCCUCCCAUCCUGGAGUUUGCCGUGUACACAUUCAACCAGCAGAGCAAGGACUGGUAUGCCUACAAGCUGGUGCGUGUCCUGGAUUCCUGGAAGGAGCAGGGUUACGAUAAGAUGACAUUCUCCAUGAAUCUGCAACUGGGCCGAACCAUGUGCGGGAAAUUUGAAGACGACAUUGACAACUGCCCUUUUCAAGAGAGCCCAGAGCUGAAUGAUACCCGCACCUGCUUCUUCACCAUUGGAAUAGAGCCCUGGAGGACACGGUUUGACCUCUGGAACAAGACAUGCUCAGGCAGGCAUUCCUGA